AUGGAAAGUGAUAGUAGUAAUAGGAGCUAUAAAAGUGAUAGGAGCCCUAGGAAUGGGGAUGAGACUCCCCAUCCACCCUGUGUAGCUAAUUUGAUGGUUCAAAUGGAAGCUAUGAGGAGAGAAUUAACAAAUCUCCAAAAUAGAAGAGAUAGGGAAGAAAGAAGGAGAGGAAGGGAUAGGGCUAGUGAGUAUAGUGAUAAUAGUGAGAGAAGCCCUAGAAGGGAAAGAUAUGAUAGAAGAAGAAGGGAAGAUGAUAGAGAUAGACAUAGAGAUAGAGAUGGUGAUAGAAAUAGACAUAGAGUGAGAGAUGAAGAUAGGUAUAGGGAAGAAGAAGAUAGAAACACUAGACAUAGAAGGGAUAGUAAGUUGAAAGAAGUUAAAUUGGAAGUACCUCACUUCCAUGGAAAGGAUGACAUAGAGGCCUACUUGGAAUGGGAAAUGAAGGUUGAACAACUCUUCAUUUGCCACAACAUCGAGGAAGAAAAAAAGGUAAAAAUAGCUAUCUUUGGGUUCUAA